UGUCCGCAGUCUCUGGUCAUCUCCUGUACUGUGUCCGCAGUCUCUGGUCAUCUCCUGUACUGUGUCCGCAGUCUCUGGUCAUUUCCUGUACUAUGUCCGCAGUCUCUGGUCAUCUCCUGUACUGUGUCCGCAGUCUCUGGUCAUCUCCUGUACUAUUGUCCGCAGUCUCUGGUCAUCUCCUGUACUGUGUCCGCAGUCUCUGGUCAUCUCCUGUACUGUGUCCGCAGUCUCUGGUCAUCUCCUGUACUGUGUCCGCAGUCUCUGGUCCAUCUCCUGUACUAUGUCCGCAGUCUCUGGUCAUCUCCUGUACAGUGUCCGCAGUCUCUGGUCAUCUCCUGUACUGUGUCCGCA